ACCUUGUGGAUGUGAAGAAGGGGGUUUGUUAACAAAGUCGGAAGAAUCAGCAGGACCCAUGGAUUUGUUAUUGUUUUUUCUGUUUUUAAAACGGGAAAAUACAUGGAAAGGAGGGUCCAUUGCUUGUUAUCUAAUUCAAAAAUCAAUUUGGAAAAUUCGGGAGAUUCGGUGUGAAAUCUGGUCGGAUCUUGCUUUCUAGGCUGUGGGAUUUUGGUGGGUAGUAUUUCAACCCAACUGGGUUGUUCUCUUCCCUCCUGCAAAUCCUUUUAUUCCUUCACCACCUCCACCACUAUCACCAUUCCAACGGCACAGCAAAACCGUUCUAUAAAAGUCUCUUUGUUGCUUCACUUUUUUCUUCUAUUCUGUUCUUCUUCCCAGUGAGCUUGAAAAGGAGUGAAAUGGGUAUGGCAGCAGAAGCCCAGUUUCAUGUUUUGGCAGUUGAUGAUAGCCUCAUAGACAGGAAGUUGAUUGAGAGGCUCCUCAAGAAUUCUUCCUAUCAAGCAGUUACCGCAGUGGAUUCUGGAAGCAAAGCUCUGGAGUUUCUGGGUUUGCGUGAGGAUGACCAAACAAACCCAAGCCCACCUUCUGUUCCUUCCAACCAUCAUGAAAUGCAAGUGAAUCUUAUAAUUACAGAUUACUGUAUGCCCGGAAUGACAGGCUAUGACUUGCUCAAAAAAAUCAAGGAAUCUUCAUCUCUGAAAGACAUACCGGUUGUAAUCAUGUCUUCUGAGAAUGUACCUUCAAGGAUUAACAGAUGCUUGGAAGAAGGAGCAGAGGAAUUCCUCCUGAAACCAGUGCAAUUAUCAGAUGUGAAUAGACUUCGACCCCAUUUAUUGAAAGGGAAGUUGAGGGAGCAAAAACUACAACAACAACAACAACAACUAUCACCACCACCACCACAAUUACCACAACAGCAACAAUUGCAACCACUGCAACAACCACAGCAACCCAACAACAAGAGAAAAUCCAUUGAAGAAGGCCUUUCACCUGAGAGGACAAGGCCAAGAUACAGUGGUCUGGCAGUAGUUUGAUCAAAAAAUAAUAUUUUUCCACUACUUUUUUUUCCCGUCUUUUGUUUUCUGUUUUCCUUUCUUUUCCCCUUCACGUUGGAGAACACAGGCUCAGUGGGAAAAUUUUAUAGAUUCAGAUUCAGAGAAGAGACGGAGAGAGGGAGAGAGAUGAGGUGAGGGAUGUUCCAUCAUCACUGUGGAACACUUGUAAACAUUUUUUUUUAGAAACAGUAUCCAUUCAAAUUUUGUUUAAAUAAAUAAAGGAAGCAGCAACCAUCAUCAAUGCGUUUAAUGCACCGAAUUGCAGAA